AUGCCCUUUGAUGCCCGUUCCCAGCUAAGGAUCUAUCGUUCUUUUUUGCCUCUUGGCCAUCUUUCAUGCCCUCCCGCAAAAGGCAACGCGCCCUUCGCCCUGCGCGCUAGGCCCAAGCGAGAAACCGUCUUCCUCCUCCACGCCCAACUCGCACUUCCACCCUUUAAACCCGCAUCUCUGCUCCUCCGCCAGCUUCAGAUACAACCUCAUCCUCCAGCACCAUUGAUCGACGUUCCCUCGCCACACGGCGACGAUACUUCGCGGGACACACGUCGUCCUGAACCUGCCCCUUCGACUCUUCACCCUCGAUCCUCGAUCGUCCUCGUCCCAGGAGCCGCCCGAACACGUCUCCGCUCGGCCCCCAUUGCCCAUCCUCGUCUCAUCUCGCUCUAUCAGAUAGGUACGUACCCAAGUGUAUUCUUUGCUGCCAAAACACGAACACCAACACUUGGAUCUCUCCUCGGCUUCUCCUCCCUCUCGCCAUCCGGUGCAAAGAAGACGCAGGCUCUGCUUGCCAUUCACUUUCACCAGCGCCGAGCCGCUUACUGCCACCCAUCGCCUGGAAUCACACACCGCUUCGUCUUGCCCAAAGCCUGA